AUGAUGGGAGUUGGAGGUGAAUUUGACCAAAAUGGUAUUGUAGCAUGCCAAAUCAAUGUUGAGAUUCACUGCUGUCAUACUGACUUCAAGGAACGAUUCGCAUCGUUGAUGAAGAGGCUUCUAAAGGAAAGACGAUACGCAGUCCUGAAUGUCGUUUCGGUAGGACAUCAUCGCACUUUCCUUCUCAACUUUGGAAAUAGAAAGUGUGUAGAAAAAUAUAUCUCACAAUUUUUUCAAUAA